GGCGCGGCUCUCCUCAGCACCGCGCGGCUGCUUUCCUGGAGCCGAGCCUCGGCCCUACCGGCGGGGCAGGGAAACAGCCAGUCCUCGUCCCGGCUUCUUCCUGGCCUUUAAGCAGAGGACAUGUGGGCUCUCAGGCAGAGGGAAUGCAGCGGGACGAGCACAGUCGGUAGGGCUCUGCAGGGGGUGGAAGAUGGUGUGCCGCUGGAUGGAGGCAGAGUGUCAGGAAGUGGUGCAGUGUUGGCAGCAGCGUAUACCAUCCCUGAGGAGGCUGGAACAGCUGAGUAAGUGGGAGAUGACAGAGCCAACGCACUGCCUGUGUUAGAGGAGCAACAGAACUCCGAAAGCGAUAUAAAUUAUUGGAACAGUGCUCAUCUAGGGAAUUGCAGACAGACAAAGCAGCUCUGAGGAAAUGCAUCCCUGUCAACAAACAUUUGUUUCAGCUGAGGCUUGAAUAACAGCAGAAAUGAAAAGCAGAAUAAUCUGGUGAGGGGAAAAUGAACUGCAGCCAAUUGUAAGGAGGAGGCUUACUCAUUAUGCCCAGAGGCUGAACCAGCAAAGCCAGCAAAGCCAAUGUGAUUCAUUCAAUGAAGGUAGUGGACAAUUACCACCAACUUGAUCACAUUUUGCCUUGAACAGCUGAAACUACUAGGUGAAAAUGACACAGCAAAUGCAUAAUUUAAGUCUCCUCCAGAGUAAAAAGAACAGUAUGCCAUCUUCUCCAAAUGCUGCAAAGCGGUUGUAUCGGAACCUGUCAGAGAAGCUGAAGGGGAGCCAUACAUCCUUUGAUGAAGCAUAUUUCCGGGCGCGAUCAGACCGGCUCAGUCUCCGUAAGACCUCAAUGAAUUUCCAAUGCAAUGAAGCUAUGUUUGAGGCGGUAGAACAGCAAGAUCUGGAUGCUGUUCAGAUUCUUCUCUAUCAAUACACACCAGAGGAACUGGACCUGAACACCCCAAACAGUGAAGGACUUACUCCUUUGGAUAUUGCCAUUUUAACAAACAACAUCCCUAUUGCUAGGACUCUUCUACAUGUUGGGGCAAAGGAAAGCCCACACUUUGUUAACAUGGAAAGCAGGUCAGUGCAUCUGUGUACAUUGGUCCAAGAAGCACAGCAGCGAGUUACUGAAUUGUCUGCACAAGUGAUGAAUGAAGGCCUUGGUACAGACAACACAGAAAAAGAGAAGCAACUAAAAGCAUGGGAAUGGAGAUACAGGCUAUACAAGCGCAUGAAGGCAGGCUACGAGCAUGCUAGAGCCCCCGAGGCGCCAACCAAUGUCUGUCUCAUGGUAACAAGCAGUACAUCACUCACUGUCACCUUCCAAGAACCUCUGAGUGUCAACUCAGCUGUGGUGACCAAGUAUAAAGUGGAAUGGAGUUGUUCAGAAGACUUUGCUCCUUUGGUUGGUGAAAUAAUUAUGGAUAAUCUUCAGUCUUUGAGAUGCACCAUCACAGGUCUCAGAACAGGCCAGAGAUACUAUAUUCAUGUUUCAGCAUACAAUAUGAGAGGAUGGGGACCUCCACGAAGAUCUACUCCAGCAUAUGCUUCUCCUUCAAACUGGAAAGACUGCAGUGGAAGAGAGCCUCGACACAGGGGACAUACUGAAGCCCUGGAACGUCUCCUUCAGCAGGUUCGAGCAGCUCAUCAGCAUUAUAAUUGCAGAGAAAGUUCCAAGUUACAGAACACUGGUCGCAAGCAAUCAGUCUCUAGAAGCCUGAAACACCUUUUUCAUUCAUCAAACAAGUUUGUGAAGACUCUGAAACGGGGACUCUACUUAUCUGUUAUAUUUUUUUACAAAGACAAUUUAUUAGUAACCAAUGAAGAUCAGAUCCCAAUUGUGGAAAUGGAUGACUCUCACAGUAGUUCAAUUAUGCAGGAUUUCCUGUGGUUCACAAAGUUGUCUUGUAUGUGGGAUGAUAUCAGAUGGCUGAGGCAGAAUACGUCUGUAUCCAUCUCUUCAUCAACAACACUUCAAGCCAGGCAAAAGAUGCUUUCUGCAGCAGCACAGCUACAGAAUUUGCUGGGAACUCACAACUUAGGCAGAGUUUUUUAUGAGCCAAUCAAGGAUCGGCAUGGCAAUAUACUGAUUGUUACUAUAAGAGAAGUGGAGAGUCUUUAUUCAUUUUUUAAUGGCAAAUGGAUGCAGGUAUCCAAACUACAGAGCCAGAGGAAAUCCCUUUCAACGCCAGAGGAGCCAACAGCAUUAGACAUUUUGCUUAUAACAAUCCAGGACAUACUUUCCUAUCACAAAAGAAGUCAGCAACGCCUCCCUCCUGGAUUGUAUCUGGGUUACCUUAAACUCUGCAGUUCUGUGGAUCAAAUCAAAGUCCUUGUGUUGCAGAAGUUGCCUAAUGUCCUCUGUCAUGUCAAAAUCCGAGACAACAGCAAUGUCUCCAGAGAUGAGUGGGAAUGGAUCCAAACACUUUCUGGCUCAGAAUCUGUGGAAAGUAUGGAUCAUACUUCAGACUGCCCUACUCAAUUGUUCUUGUAUGAGCUCCAGAUGGCAGUGAAAGCUCUCCUUAAACAGAUCAAUCUACCUCUGCAUCAGGCUAAGCACUUCCGUCUGUAUACACAGGAGGUGUUGGAGCUGGGUCACAAUGUCUCCUUUCUUCUCCUGCUCCCCGCCUCAGACGACGUCUGCACUGCCCCAGGACAGAAUAAUCCUUACACCCCACACUCAGGAUUUCUUAACCUCCCUCUUCAGAUGUUUGAACUCGUUCAUUUUUGCUGUUACAAGGAAAAAUUUAUAAGCCUGUAUUGCCGCCUUUCUGCUGUCAUAGAGCUGGACUCUCUGAAAACCCAGCAGUCCCUGAGGGAAGCAAUUUCAGACAGUGAAGUCGCUGCAGCCAAACAAAGACACCAGCAAGUUACAGACUACAUACAGCAAGUUGAUGAGAUCUGGAGGGAAAUGAGAUGGAUCACAGAAGCACUGCAGUAUGCCAGAUACAAGCAGCCUGCAGCUGGCCUACCAAUAAAGAAACUUGUGAACCUUUCAGAAGAACACUCUCAAAAGAAGAUCAGUUCAACAUCUUCACAUCUAGAUUGUCUUCCCUCACCUCCUUCCUCACCUGAGGCUAGAAGCCAAAGGAGAAAAGCUGUAAGCGAUUCGCAGCCCUGCUCAGAUGAAGAAGGCUGUUCAGAAGUAUUCCUUCCAACUGACAGUGACUAUGAUUCCAGUGAUGCAUUAAGCCCCAGAGAAUUAGACUUGAUUUACUCCUCCCCACAUGAUAUAUCCCAGCAGGCAGGCAGUGGCCUGGGCGGUAGUGCACCUGAUGUUCUCCAAGUCCAUGAUGUGAAGCCUUGCCUAACACUGAAAGAAGGCCUGACAGAGAGUAGUGCCUUUGAUACUAAUGCUGAAUAUUGCACAGAGUAUAUGAGCAAUCUAACAAUGUCAGGGAUUACAGCAAAAAGCAUAGACAAGUCCUCUAGCUCCAGGCAGCCAUUGAGCUUUCUAGGGAAAAAGAGACUUGGAAAACAUCAACAUUACAACUACUUCAGCAGGCAUCAUCGUUGGCUGCGUGUGCACAGCGAGACACAGUCUGCCUCUCUGUCUGAAGGUGUGUAUACUCAGCAUCUCAUGAGAUCUUCAGAUUUAUCACAAGAACCUACCUCCAGUGAGCAGUUACAGAUUCCUGUCGAUGAGUCACGGAGCACUUUCUUACCUCAUACAUCCAGCCUUCCAGAGGAUGGAAAAGGCAAGUAUGAGGAAUCGAGGCAAAAUGUCCAUAGGAUACACAUGGAACCUUAUAAAACAACAUUUCUGAGUGAAGAGGGCAAAUCCUGGGCAAUGAGCAUGCAGUCUGUAGGACAUGAGGAUGUGCACAAUGCUAUGCAACAGAAAAUGGGUCCAGAUGAUCCCCUGGGUUCUGCUGUCUCAGAAGUAUUCAGCAGCACACUGUAACUCCAGACUUCUGCAUCGCUUCCCAUUGCUCCACAAGGAGAUAUUGAGCAUUAUGCAUAUAGGGCCAUACUUUCAAAACUACUUUUAGAAGUCCAGCUCCUGAAAUGACAACUUGUGUCAUUCAGAAGAAUCCUGAUCAUUCGACUCCGUUGCCAGAUUCCCGGUCUUACAGCAGUAUCUGCCAUGAUGCAAGCAGCAUUACUUGUAUCAGCAGUUUUGCAAGUAGGGUCACACAUAACAGGACGCUUUGUGGCUGCAAAUCCAGUGAUCAGGCUUUGCAGUUGUAGUUGUCUUGAUUUGCAGAUAUCUCUAAGCAUGCAAAAUUCUAAGCAUGAGUGGUUCUGACUGCAGUGUAGCAGAAAUUGUAACAUCCUUGGUGUCCUCAUGUUAGGACUGUGUCCUAAGCCUCUAUGUACCUGUUUUCCAGCAUUUUCUAUACAUUUUUCUUCUUCUUGGCCCAGGCUGCAUGUAACUGAAGUGCUAACUGGUUUAGUAACAGUUAUCCCACAGUAUCUAGCCACUGAUAGAGAACUGAGCAUUCUUUCAGUAUCUAAAAAAUCCAGUCAUUGUUAACACUGCAUGCACAAUCUCUGAAUGUUGUCAGAGCCUGACCAAAUUAUCACAACAUCUGAGGGUUUUUUCAGAAGCUCAGAUUUCAAAUGACAUAAGUAGCAGGUUAUUUUAAAGGCUUAAACAGGAGUCAGCCUUUGAGGUCACAAGCAGACAGAAUGAGUCCAGUCUCUGAGUGAAUAUACACAGGGUCUAAGUAGGAGUGAAGAGAAGCUUGGUCCUCUACCCACCACGUAAGUGUGCAUUUCUUUAUGCUGCAGAGACUCUCAAACAUCCACUGGAAAGAAAUGCACCUACUUUUGUUCCUGAUUUUUCAGUGUAUACCCAGGGGUAUCUGAUCACUGUGUCUGAAAUUGGGACAUUCUGGCAAUUCCCAUGAGGGAAAAUUGGGGUGCAGUUUAAAGCUACAAUUUUUUGUUUGUUUCACCAAUAAACAUUGGUAUCAUUAGAGGAGUGGAAAACGGCGUGUUAGCACACUGUAUUUGUCUAAAGGCAGAUCACAGUUCUGUCAUUUGCAACCAGAAGAAGACUGAGAGUACUACAGAAGAUGAUCUCAACAAAGAAAUCUAUAUUAAUGAGAACCAUAGCAUCUGACUCACUGAGAAACGAACUAAUGUGAAGAGAAACCCCAGCUGUUGCACAAGCUUUAAUUUUUCUUAUACAGUUCUUGAAGUUUAAUUUUAUGGGCCACAUUCCUGCUGGUUAAAUUCCCUCACUCCAUGUUUGCGCAGCCUUCUACCCUUCAAUUUUUCAGCCUCCAGGUGGAUACAUUCUAAGGCCUCCAAUAAAGAGAUUUGAGUUAAAUAGUUGAGUUUACAAGUCCUUGAGGUGAAGGACAAACAGAACAGUGAGGGCACGAAUAGCAAAACCUUCAGCAGAAGAACAGGUACACGUGCUGGAUAGAUAAGGAAGUAAAAUCUCUUUUAUCCACUCCUUCUGCUGGGCUUUUCCAGAAGCAGACCUGUAUCUAAUGAAGAACUGAGAAAAAGGUUGACUUUACCCUCAUUUUGCCUACCUGUGCGUGCUAAGACAGAAUUUGACUCUGGGAGUGCAAGUGCCAGCCAGAAUCUACUGCACCUUGAUUUUAACUUUGCUAUAUGGAAAUGGUGUUUACGUGACAUCCUACAGGGCAUACCUCCUUGACCCCACUGCCUCGAGACUGAGCUUCUUUCCCAACUGUAACAGUCAAAAUAGUUCUGACUUUAAAUACUUCUGUUUAUGAAGCACUUAGUUAUCUUUUGAAAGAAAUAUCUGUUCUUUGUUCUAAAUUGAUAUCCCAGAGAUUAAUAAAUAGUAGAAAGGGAUGCCUUUCAAGCAUAGCCGUAACACUAAUCAUAACACUUCUGUGGUUCUCGUAGGAAGAUCACUCACACGUUUCCCAAGCAACUACAGCAAUGCGGAGGAAUCCUGUGAAAUGCAGCACUGUUAUCCUCACUUCAUAGAAGCACAGAAGGAUUGAGUGACUGUUCCAAGUAGACCUUAGAGUAAAGGCUCACAGUAAGAAAUCAAAUUAAAAUUAAGAACCCAGA